GACUGUGUGACAGCAGCAGGAGCAGCAGGAGCAGCAGGAGAUAAGGGUGCAGUUGUGCAACAUGGUGGCUCCUUCUUCUCUCCCCUGAUACCCCGCUUUACCCUCAUCCAGCACUGGGGAGCAGCCUGUGUCUGAGUGAGAAGGGUAAAGCAACGUAGAGUGCAGGGCUGGAAGCAGGAUUUCCUGGUCUGAACAUGGGAAGGUGAUGCUGGCCUUUCCUUUUCUGCUCUCUAACUCUCUCGCAUGGAUUUGUAAAUUCUGUGCUUUUAGUUGAAAUUCGAGCUGGGGAGUUGCAGUUCAACUCUGUCUAUGAAGCUACAGCUCAGACUGGCAGCUGCUGAAACCCUAUACGCUCUGUCUCUAUUCAGGAAUGGCUGGCAGCCCAUUGUCCUAUAGUGUGAGCCCUCUGACAAUGACACUGCGGCCCGGGAGAAAGUCCUUGUGCAACUGAACGUGUAUUUAUGGGGACCUUGCAGGUGUUACAGGAGGACAUUACAAGAAAUCGGACGCUGUUGGAUAAUUUCAUUUCUAGUUAGUGCCACUCUAACCCCAUCAUGGCACCAAAUCCAGUCAUCCAAGCUGCUAUUGACCUGACUGCAGGGGCUGCUGGUGGGACAGCAUGUGUGCUAACAGGUCAGCCCUUCGACACAGCCAAGGUGAAGAUGCAGACGUUCCCCACCAUGUACAGGGGACUCAUAGACUGUGCCACGAAGACUUACAAACAAAUGGGCCUCAGGGGGUUCUACAAAGGCACCAGCCCAGCGCUUCUGGCAAAUAUAGCUGAGAAUUCGGUGCUUUUCAUGAGCUACGGAUUUUGCCAGAGGGUUGUGCGGAGAAUAGUUGGCUUGGACAAGAAUGCAGCCUUAAGUGAUGUGCAGAAUGCAGCAUCGGGAUCAGUGGCGUCUGUUUUUGCAGCCCUCGUCCUUUGUCCCACAGAGCUAGUGAAGUGUCGUCUGCAAGCCAUGCAUGAGCUGGAAGUAUCUGGCAAGGUCUUACAAGGGCAGAAUACAGUGUGGUCUGUGGUUAAAGGGAUUGUGCAACGAGAGGGACUGUUGGGUUUCUAUAAUGGCCUGACAAGCACUAUCUGCAGAGAGAUGCCCGGCUAUUUCUUAUUCUUUGGAGGGUAUGAGCUCAGCCGAUCCUUCUUUGCUUCGGGUGGAUCAAAGGAUGAACUAGGUCCAUUUGCUCUGAUGGCAAGCGGGGGUUUUGGAGGAAUUGCCCUGUGGCUGGCAGUGUACCCUAUAGACUGUGUCAAAUCCAGGAUCCAGGUGCUCUCCAUUUCUGGAAAACAAGCCGGAUUCAUGAAAACCUUUUUGCACAUUGUGAAAACUGAAGGAGUGUCAGCGUUAUAUUCUGGCCUGAAACCCACUCUGAUUCGUGCUUUUCCAGCCAACGGGGCUCUGUUUCUUGCAUACGAAUACAGCAGAAAACUCAUGAUGAACGAACUGGAUUGCUGUUAAUGGUCCCUUCCAUUUUGUAUUUUUCUCAGGAUAGUGCGCAGAACAAUGGUUUAAAUAUCAUUUCACCGACUGAAUAACAGAAAGGGCAAUUAUAACCGUUCGCCCUAAUUUAAAGAAAAAGAUUAUUUUUAAAUGAA